UUUACUGCCGAUGCACGCUCAGACAGUGCUCCCUCCUGAGUGUGCGCCGGGCGGCCACUCUGUCCUCCAGAACCCCUACCGCAGCACCACCUUCAGCUCCAGCUGGCUGCAGCAGUCGGCCCUGCAGGACUUCAUCUGCGACCACUCCCUCACACCGGGGUGGUACCAGUUUCAGAUUUUUGACAAGCCUGCCAGUAUGCCCACCCAGUGUGUGGAGGUGAACCACUGUGGGACUCAGGCUCCAGUGUGGUUGUCUCUGGCCGAGGGUGAGUCCCUGCCGGGGCCUCUGGAGGUCCGACAGCUGACGGCCUGCGCUGCCUGGCAGUUCUUCCCCAGCAGCAGCAAGGACUGCUGCAUGUUCCGCAUCCCGGUAACCGUCCGGAACUGCGGCGACUUCUACGUUUACCUGCUCCAGCCCACGCAGGGCUGUAUGGGCUACUGUGCACAGGGUACGUCAGAGGUCAGGGUGUUGCCAUGUGGCCCCAUUAACAUACGCACUCUGUCCGAUUCUUCCUUGUCAGCUAAUCGACCUCCCACUCCGCCUGUACCGGUGAUCGUCUCGGAGGCCACAGGUAGCGCCAUCUACCUGAAGUGCAGCUUUGACGGCAGCUCCAACAGCUCCCUGGGCUACGUGGUGGCCUGGUCUCGCCUCUCACCGGAGGGAAGGAUGGAGGAGCUCAAACAGGAGACCACCAUUCAGACCUCCGCCUUCAUCGAGCUGGACGGAUUCAACCUCCGUCUGGGGGACAAGAUUUACUGCUCCAGCUCCAGCUUCUUCUUGGACUCGCCUGACGUCCGGAGCGCUUCGGUGGAAAGUCAGGAGUUCUUUGCUGGGAUAAAGCUACGACCAGAGGUGAACAGCGUGUCUGAGGAUGGCAGGCUGUAUGAGCUGGUGGUUGAGAGCACGCUUCCCAUCCCGUGUCCAAAGGGCUCUUCCUCCACCUCAGAGCAGUGCACUCUGUCCCUGCAGCUCAGCACAAGUAGUCAAGACGAGGCUUUGCUGGAUGCCGACCUGUCUCUCUCCUCCUGUGCGGUGGACCUGUCCCACGGGCCCUGCAGGAGCGGUGUCUGCAGCCGGGCUCUGGUCCACUUCACCCCCGUCACCGACUUUGUCAAAGAUGGCAACAGAACAACGCAGAUCUCUGUUAAACCUAUUGUCUCACAGAACUUUCUCUGGAAUGGAUACUCGCCAGAACCUGCUCAGGUGACGGUUCAGGAUGUUCCCUCGGCCUACUGCUACUCCUUCACUGAUCCGCACAUGAUCACAUUUGAUGGCAGGUACUAUGAGAACUACCAAAUAGGCACCUUUGUCCUCUAUAAGAGCAGCUUCUGGCCGUUCGAGGUCCACGUCCGUCAGUGGGAGUGCGGCAGCGUGGUGCACGCCGCCUCGUGCGCGUGCGGUUUUGUGGCGAGGGACGGCGGCGACGUCAUCGCUUUCGACAUGUGCAACGGGGAAAUGGGUGAAACCAAGCCUCACCUGUCCGUGAAGAACAGAGACCUGAGCAAGAGCGGGAUUCGGAUCACCGAGUCCUACCAGGGUCGCAAAGUCACUAUGACCUUCUCAUCCGGAGCGUUUGUUCGUGCAGACGUGUCUGACUGGGGCAUGAGUCUGACGCUGAGGGCCCCCAGUUCAGACCGGGGUCACACUGAGGGUCUGUGUGGGACCUACGAUGGGCAGUCAGACAACGACUUCCACUCAGAAGGGGGCGCCAAACUGGAGCAUCUGCAGGCUUUUAUUUCUGAAUGGAGACUCCCUUCAGGCAACAGCCUAUUUGACACUGUGCCGCCUGAUCUGAAUCCGCUGAAUCCCCGCAAGUACUGUACCUGUCAGGUGGAGCCCCGCGUCUCAUCUCCCAGAGCCCGAUCUCAGCAAAGUGCCUCCUCCGACUCCACCUGCUCUAAUGAUGGUAAUCUGCAUCUCCUCGCUGCCAUCCCCACUCUGGAUGUCACAGCUGAGUACAUUGGCUCUGUGGAGCUGCUCAAAGGAAAUGAAAGACGUCCUCUGCCUCCGGGUCACUCCAGCCAAGACGGAGGUAGUCGCACACAGCCACAUGAUAGAAGCUCUCCUUCAAGAGCCUCCAGAAACAGAGCUUCUACGUCAGCGCAUCGACAGCAGCAAAGAGGCAGGCGGCAGACACAUCGCUAUGUUUCUAACUCCCCUCACCAGAGUCUCAGCCAGUCUGAUCUGGAGGGCUUCACCUACUUUUUUCCAGAGGACCACGAACCAGCAGUUCAGCCAGAUUCUUCACUAAUGUGGCCCACGCCUUCUGGCCUGACGAAGCAGCAGGCCCAGGCCCAGUGCCAGCAGGCUGUGGCGAACUCAAGCAUAGCUACAGGUUGCAGACGCCUGCUUGGAGAGACGAUAGUUAGCCGCGCAGUGGCUAUGUGCGUUACCGACCUGCAGCUAAAGGACGAGCAGUCUUGGCUGAAUGCGACGUUACCGCUGCUGGAGAACGAGUGUGAGAGGAGGCUGGUGGAGGAGAGGAAGCGAGCAGAGGAGCACCAGGACGUUCUGGCCAUCCUCAAGUGUCCGAAUCUGUGCAACGGGAACGGCCAGUGCUCCGAGUGGGGUUGUGUUUGCUUCCCAGGAUUUGGGUCGUACGACUGCAGUGUGCUGUCUGACCAGAUUCCAGAGAUCACCGAGUUGGAGAAGGAGGGUCUGUGUGACGUUCGUCAGGGAGACUGUUCCACCAUCCGGGUCCACGGCGAGGGCUUCAAGGACUCCUAUGAGCUCAAGUGUGAGUUUGUUAGAGAAAAGUUUGUGGAUGGCGACUGGGUUCUGGACGAGCCUCGGUUUGUCCUGGCCACGUUUCUGGACGCGACGGCUCUGGAGUGCCAGCUCCCCCUGGAGGACAGCCGGGCUCCUGCAGGAGUAGACCUGGAAACGGUGACGAGCAGCCCGCUGGCCCGCUGGCAGAUCAAAGUUUCCAAUGAUGGCUAUAGCUACAGCAACGCCAAGAUCCUCACUCUGUAUGAUGGAGCCUGUCAGAUCUGCAGCCUCAACGCCGAAGUCCUCUGCACCCUGAGGGAGAAAACCUGCAACAUCGACAGCCUGUGUUACGGCGAGGGCGAGUCCAAUCCCAGCAGCCCUUGCCUCACAUGCCGUCCAGACUCGUCCAAACACACGUGGUCCAUCGCUGAAAACAAUAAGCCUCCACUGCUCCAGUCGCUGCCGUUUAGUCUCCGGUCCUUCCAGGGGGAGAAUUUCAUCUACCAGCUACAAGCUCGGGACCCCGAGGGCUCGCCGGUUCUUUUCACGCUGGCAUCAGGUCCCGAGGGUGCAUCUCUGUCUCCAGCUGGCCUGUUGAUGUGGAAGGCCACCGCUGAACCGUCCGACACGCAUGCUUUCCAGUUUACUGUGAGCGACGACUGCAACGCUGAGACGAGAGCCUCUGUGGAGGUGUCUGUGAAGCCCUGCGAAUGUCUGAACGGCGCUUCGUGCAUCACCAACGUCAACCUCCCUGCUGGUAGCGGAGAAUACGUGUGCGUGUGUCUCGACGGAUUUAGAGGAAGGAGGUGUGAGGUGGACGUCGACGACUGUAAACCCAACCCCUGCAGACUGGGCCGCUGUAUCGACGCACCCAACUCCUUCUCCUGUAUCUGCCCACCUGGAAUGACAGGCCGCACAUGCAGAGAAGACAUAGAUGAGUGCAUCUCUCAGCCUUGUUUCCCUGGAGCGGGCUGUAACAACACACUGGGCUCCUUUGUCUGUGGAUUGUGCCCAAAGGGAUAUGUUGGUGACGGGAAAAACUGCAAACGUAACGCUGACGUGACAACACCAGUGAGAGUACCACAGGUUCCAUUAAGGCCCAAACCAACAGGCCCGUCGCCGUGCAGCAGCAGCAGCGGCGGCGGCGGCGGCGGGCCGUGUUUUCCGGGGGUCCAGUGUUUUGAGAGCAUCCACGUCGCGGCGGGCUUUGUUUGUGGACCCUGCCCUCCUGGUCUCCACGGAAACGGACAAAUAUGCACAGCAGCAGGUCAAGGGACAGUCGCCAGUGGAGCAGACGGUCAUGUUCACGUCAACACAUCAAAUUCCAGCAAAGAAAAGACUCCCCCCUUCUCCUCUUCAUCGUCGGCCACCUCGCCCAGGCGACCCUCCGACAGAAGGACGAGACCAGAAACAACCAGCUCCAGCAUCCGGAGAGUUCCGUCCUCUGACAGAAAGACCACGGCAACCCCCCAGAAUCAAACCGCAUCCAGAGUGUUUGCCGCCACUGUCCACAGAGGUCAGCCCAGCGGGGUGGAUCUGACCCCAGACCUCUCCACGGGGGUCAGGUGGGGGUUGCCAGCUCACCGUGUGACCUGCGCCGACUCGCCCUGCUUCCCCGGUGUUCCCUGUGAGCCCACCGUCCUCGGGUCCUUCAGGUGUGGACGCUGCCCGUACGGCUACACCGGAGAUGGAGUCACGUGUAAAGUCGUGUGCAGGUAUCAGUGUGGGAGGAACAUGGAGUGCACUCUGCCCAACACCUGCACCUGCAAGGCGGGUUACACCGGAUACAACUGCCACAUCGCGGUGUGCCGGCCGGACUGUAAGAACCAGGGCAAGUGUGUGAAACCCGGUGUGUGUGAAUGCCCUCCAGGCUACGGUGGGCCCACCUGCGAGGAAGCGAGCUGUGAGCCGCCCUGCCAGCAUGGAGGCACCUGUCUGGCCAGGAACCUGUGCACCUGCCCCUACGGCUACGUGGGACCGCGAUGUGAAAUCAUGGUGUGCAACAGACACUGUGAGAAUGGAGGCGAGUGUGUUUCUCCUGACGUCUGCAGAUGCAAACCUGGCUGGUAUGGACCGACGUGUAACUCAGCUCUGUGUAGCCCCGUCUGUCUGAAUGGAGGAACAUGUGUGAAGCCCAACGUCUGCGCCUGUCCCAGUGGCUUCUAUGGCUCUCAGUGUCAAAUCGCUGUUUGCAGUCCUCCUUGUAAGAACGGAGGUCAGUGCAUGAGAAACAACGUGUGCUCCUGCCCCGAAGGCUACACGGGGAAGAGGUGUCAGAAGAGCGUGUGCGAGCCGAUGUGCAUGAACAGGGGCAAGUGUGUGGGACCCAACACGUGCUCCUGCGCGUCGGGAUGGAGGGGGAAGAGGUGCAACAUACCUGUCUGUCUGCAAAAGUGUAAAAAUGGCGGCGAGUGUGUGGGACCCAACACCUGCCACUGUCCCGUCGGCUGGGAGGGCCUGCAGUGUCAAACACCGGUCUGCAGACAGCGCUGCCUGAACGGAGGGAGGUGUGUGCUGCCCGACUACUGCCACUGUCGGAGAGGAUACAAGGGCCUCACCUGUGCGAUAAAGGCGUCCCAAGCAUGACGGAGGCCGCAACGAGAAACGGGACGAAAGAGGCCACGAAAUGCACAAAGCGAGGAGAGAGCGCACCGGAAGUCGUCGCGUACACGAGUGUGUGCGUGUUGUUGCCUGAAUGUGUGGCUCUGUGCACAUCUGGCUGCUAACGGAGGGACUCGAUGUGUUUGCACUUGUGUUUCCGUCCCCGUACGUCACUACCUCAAGGCUCAGAGCAGCGCACAUCUGUUAGAGGCAUCUUCAUACAGAUGUGUGUUGCGUGUUGUGAAAAAAAAAGACAAGUUAGUCAUGAUUCAUUCAGUGUGUAGGUUAUUACAGGCAAGCUUUUAGUUUUAUUACAACUUAUCCAGAUUUAUAGCUGAUUUAACCAACCGACAUGCACUGUCUGUUUCUUAUCUUGAAUCUGCUUUAGUUGGGACACAUCAGACUGAAGACGUUGAUUUAUGUUGCAGGUUAACAACAACAGCAUUUGUAUAUUUUCCCUUUUUUUUGGCUCCUUUAAUAUAUUGUUCCAUCAGGCCUGUUGGUGCCUGUUGUUCAUUUACACUGAUACCAAAUAUAGAUCCAACUAAUGAUCAUCUGUGGGUUUGUUUUCUAAAUAAAAAUACAGCAGAUUACACUGUGGUACGAAUUACACGAGAGAAAAUAAAGACGAUGUACUGAU